AUGAUAGAACCUAGAAACGGUUGCAACGGGCGGAACACAGAAACCAAUCAGAAAGACAUAGCCAGCAAAAUUGGUAGCUGCAAACAGUGCAUGUUACGUGCAUGCAACCCCCGUUCCUCUCAAUGGCAAGAUCGCAAUCAGGCCUUGGACACCACUUUAUAUUCUUUCUUGUUUCGACAUAAGAUCGUACAUCUUCUUGUUUUGCUGGUUAGCGAAUCGCCGAAUCAUGUUAAUCUCCAAAGAAGCCUCACAAGAUGGAUGAGGGCAUCUCAUGGGUUUGAGGCACUCAUGAGGACCUUCUUUGAUCUUCUCAUUGAUGUAGCGCUUCCAACAAUCGACGCAGUAUGCGUGGCCACACUUGGCGGAUUUCAACUUCUUCUCCAAGCAAACCAUUCUUCUUCUUCUUCAUCUUCCAAUGAUUCAUCGUCUUCUUCGUCUUCCAGAGAUUCUUCUUCUUCGUCUUCCAGUGAUUCAUCGUCUUCUUCGUCUUCCAGAGAUUCUUCUUCAUCGUCUUCCAGUGAUUCAUCGUCUUCUUCAUCUUCCAGAGAUUCUUCUUCUUCGUCUUCCAGUGAUUCAUCGUCUUCUUCGUCUUCCAGAGAUUCUUCUUCAUCGUCUUCCAGUGAUUCAUCGUCUUCUUCAUCUUCCAGAGAUUCUUCUUCGUCUUCCAGUGAUUCAUCGUCAUCUUCGUCUUCCAGUGAUUCUUCGUCUUCUUCAUCUUCCAUUUCAUAUGUGUAG